CACAGCUGGCUGCAGCUCUCCUCUAACCCUCAGAGAGCCCUCUGAAGCCUCCAGCAUGCUCAAAAACAGUUAAAACCUUCAGAUCAGAGUGUUGACAGCACCAUGAGGGCUCUGCGCGCCCUGUUCACCUUUCUGGCCUUCAGCUCUGCGUGCGCGAAGCCCAACGCAGGUUUAAAGACGUGGGGCCGGUUCAGUAAGCUGCCCUACCCGGGGGACAAGGCGUUCCUCUACGACACCUUCCCCCAGGACUUCGUGUGGGCCGUGGGCACCGCAGCCUACCAGGUGGAGGGCGCGUUCGAGAAGGACGGCAAGGGCCUCUCCAUCUGGGACACUUUUACGCGCGGGGGGAACCGGAUGGCCACGGGGGACGUGGGCAGCGACAGCUACCACAACAUCCACGCAGACAUCCGGGCCAUCAGGCAGCUCGGGGUCAGCCACUACAGGUUCUCCCUGUCCUGGUCCAGGAUCUUCCCCAACGGGACCCGCGGGAGCCACAACGAGAUCGGCACCAACUACUACCGGAACCUGAUCAAGAGGCUGAAGGAGAUCCGCGUGCAGCCCGUGGUGACGCUGUACCACUGGGACCUGCCCGCCCUGCUGCAGCAGAGCCUGGGCGGCUGGAGCAACCCGGACCUGGUGGGGAUCUUCAGGGAUUACGCAGAUUUCUGCUUCCAGACUUUCGGGGAUGACGUCAAGUACUGGAUCACCAUCGAUAACCCGUUUGUGGUGGCGCGCCACGGGUACGGCACCGGGGUGGUCGCUCCCGGGAUCAAGAACGACCCGGAUCUUCCGUUCCGGGUCGGACACAAUCUGCUGAAGGCUCAUGCGGCGGCGUGGCACCUCUACGACCGACUCUACCGGCCCCGGCAGCAGGGCCAGCUGUCCAUGGCGCUGGCGUCUCACUGGAUCAAGCCCAGCCGGACCCGUCUGGAGAGCCUGCGGGCCUGCCAGUGCUCCCUGGACCACGUGUUGGGCUGGUUCGCCCGGCCCCUCUUCACCGACGGAGACUACCCGCCCUGCAUGAAGGCGCGGCUGGGCUCGCGGCUGCCCUCCUUCAGCCCCGAGGAGAGGGAGCAGGUCAGGGGGACGGCAGACUUCUUCGCCCUGUCUCACGGAGCGGCGCUCAGCUUCCAGCUCAUCAACGACAGCCUGAAGUUCGGCCAGCAGGAGGACCUGGACCUCAGGAUGCUGCUGUACUGGGUCAGCGCCGAGUACGACAGGCCGCCCAUCUUCGUGGUGCAGAGCGGCUGGUACGUCCUGGGCAACACCAAGACAGAAGACCCUAAACACAUGUACUACCUGAAGAGGUUCAUCGCUGAGGCCCUCAAAUCGAUCGUCCUGGACGGCGUGAACGUGGUGGGCUACACCGCCUGGUCCCUGAUGGACGGCUUCGAGUGGCACCGGGAGUACGGCAUCCGGAGAGGACUCUACUAUGUGGACUUCAACACUCCGGACAUGAAGAGGGAGCCAAAGACCUCCGCCACCUUCUACAGAAACGUCAUCCAGAGGAACGGGUUCCCAGAACUGCCAGAGAACAGACCAGCACAAGGAAUCUUCCCGUGUGACUUCGCCUGGGGGGUUUCUGCCAACUCCAUACAGGUGGAGACCACGCCCAGCCAGUUUGCCGACCCCAGUGUUUACCUGUGGAACAUCUCCAACAACGGCGAGCUGAUGCGGCUGACGGGCCUCAGCGCUCCGCCUGCUCGCCGCGCCACGCACUGCGCCGACUACGCCUCCAUCAGACAGCAGGUGGAUGAGAUCCGCCAGGUGGGGGUGAACCACUUCCACUUCUCCCUGAACUGGUCGGCCGUGGUGCCUUCAGGUGACGUGGGACAUCCCAACACCACCCUGCUGGGUUACUACCGCUGCUUCACCCGCCAGCUGCUGCUGGCCAACGUGACGCCCGUGGUGACGCUGUGGCACCACACGAGGCAGCGCGGCAGCCUUCCCGCCCCGCUGGACAGCGCCAACAGGUGGCUCAACAGGGAGACUCCCGAGGCCUUUGCAGACUACGCCAGACUGUGCUACAGAGAGCUUGGAGCUCAUGUGAAGAUGUGGAUCACGCUGAACGAGCCCAACGAUGAGACGGUGAGCUACCAGGAGGGCCACCAGAUGCUGCGGGCGCACGCCCUCGCCUGGCGCGCAUACCACCACGAGUUCAGGCGCGCACAGAGAGGAAAGGUGUCUCUGGCGCUGCACAUGGACUGGGUGGAACCGGCGUUCUCCUUCAGCCGUGAGGACGUGGAACCAGCCAAGAGGGUCUUAGACUUCCGGGUGGGCUGGUUCGCUGAGCCGAUCUUCGGCAGCGGGGACUAUCCUCUGGGGAUGAGGAGCUGGCUGCGGCAGCUCAACUCACUCGACCUGCCAGUGUUCAACGAGGAGGACCGACUGCUGGUUAAAGGGACGUACGACUUCUUCGCCAUCAGUCACUUCAGCACCAAGCUGGUGACGCACGCCAAGGAAGACUCGUACACCUACACCGCCAUGCUGGAGGUGCAGCACAUGAUAGACCCCACCUGGAUAAUGCCCCCCAGGCCUGUUGGCCCCCGGCCGGUGGUCCCCUGGGGCCUGAGGAAAGCCCUCAACUGGGUGAGGGAGCACUACUGUGACGUCCCGGUCUACGUGAUGGCUAACGGGGUCCAGGAAGACCCGGCCCGCUUCAAGGACAGCCUGAGAGUCUACUACCUGUACAACUACAUCAACGAGGCCCUCAAAGCGUACACGCUGGACGGCGUGAACCUGAAGGGGUACUUUGCGUACGCGCUGAGCGACCAGCGGGACCCGGGCUUCGGUCUGUACGGCCACGUCCACGAUGAGGUCAUCACCAAGGCCUCGCUGUCCAACUACCGCAACAUCAUCCAGCACAACGGCUUCCCCAUCCAGGGCGCCGCCGCCCAGCACUGCCCCAGCACGCCGCCGCCAUGCCCCGGCUGUGGCGUGCUGGUCAGGAGGCCCGUGGUGGGCUUCCUGACUCUGGUGGGUUCAGGGGUCCUGAUCACGCUGGGACUCAUCAUCUACUACACAGCCAAGAGACACAAGGAGUGCUACUGACAAGGGUUCUUUAUAUAUAUAUAUAUAUAUAUAUAUCCUUGUAUAUAAGGAGAAAACAUUAAGCUAAUUAUUCAGUGAUAGUUCUGACUCUAACUCUGAUAUUAAAUGAAUCUGAGGAACAGAAGUGGUCCAAUCAUCUUCACAUUCCAGCUGAUAAACUCUUGUAUAAAGUUAGUGUUCAUUUAUCAGUUCCAGAUGGUGUUUAUCAUAGCGUGGCCUUUUUAAAACUGAUUCUUUCUAAGUUAAUGCAUUCAGAAAGUCCAGGAUCACAUUAGAGGUUUCUGUAUUUAGACGCCUUGCACUCCACGAGAUCAUUCCCCAUGUAAUCAACAGGAGGAAACCUUUAAAUAGAACGUUUUCUAGCUGAAUUCAGAGGUUUCUACUGACCUUUAGGGUUGGAAGGAAAAAACUAUUUUACAAUUUUUGUUGUUGUUUAAUAAUGUGUUAUUCACACAUGUGUGCAGUUUUGUGACUGAGUAUUUGUUUUUAGUGCUGAAAAGACAAUAAAGCUGCUAAAAGGUGAAUUAAAAACUAAAUUGGUUGUUGUAUCAGACUUUAAAUAUGACUCUAAUUAGACUCCGUUUGGGAAGUUUCAUUGUAUUAAUACUCAUCGCUCUCAUGUUUCCAGUUUAAAAACAUUAGAA